CAACAUUCCCAUUCACGACGACUCGUAUCGAUUUGAGUUACCGAGUCGUAAACGGCGGGCAAUUCAAUUGGCUUUGCAUUCGCUCAGGAAACGUUUAAUUUCGCGUUUCCCAAUCCACGGGUACGCCAUUACAGUCGGACUGUCGAAAAGCGAAAAAGAUGAAAUUCGCCGAGCAUUUGGCAGCGCACAUCACUCCCGAGUGGAGAAAACAAUACAUCAGUUAUGAAGAAAUGAAGGAAAUGCUGUACGCUGCCAUCGAACAGGUGCCGGCGCCCGAACAAGUGGACCCCGAUUCUCUUUCACGAUAUUAUGCCAAAUUCGACGAAAAGUUUUUCAGUUUUUGCGACAAAGAACUCGCUAAAAUCAACACGUUCUAUUCAGAAAAAUUGGCGGAAGCGACCAGAAAAUUUGCCAACCUUCAGAGUGACCUGAGAGAGGCUCAAGAUGACAAAAUCAAACCUAAAGACUCCAGCGGUAAUCUGAAGCCGGUAAAACGGAAAAUUCUUCGAAAAAACACCACGACGCGUAAGACCCAAGAACUGAAGUUAGCUUUCAGCGAAUUCUAUCUGAGUUUGAUUCUGCUGCAGAACUAUCAAAAUUUAAACUACACCGGCUUUCGGAAGAUUAUGAAAAAACAUGACAAGUUACUGGGCUCAGAAGGCGGCUCCGGUGGUCGGUGGAGAUCGGAAGUAGUGGAAAACGCUCAUUUCUACUGCAACAAAGACAUCGACCGGCUGAUAAGCGAGACCGAAGCCACCGUCACGCAGGGUCUGGAAGGAGGAGACCGCCAGAGGGCCAUGAAGAGACUGCGAGUGCCGCCACUCGGCGAACAGCAAUCACCUUGGAUCACGUUCAAGGUCGGCUUGUUUUCAGGCGCUUUUGUCGUUAUGCUGCUGGCGGUUAUCAUCACUGGCAUUGCACAUAGCAAUGAGAACACAGACUGGAGGGUCAUGGUCAGACUAUACCGGGGUCCGCUGCUUUUGGUCAUAUUCCUAUUCCUGAUGGGCAUCAACGUUUACUGCUGGCGUUCGUCGGGUGUCAACCACGUGCUCAUUUUCGAGCUGGACCCCAGGAACCAUCUCACCGAGCAGCAUAUCAUGGAGUUGGCCACUGUCUUUGGUCUGGUGUGGGCUGGCUCGGCGCUGAUUUUCCUGUACAGCGAGGCGCUGCACAUACCACCGUACAUAAACCCGCUGAUCCUGGCCGUGCUCAUGAUUGCGUUCCUGUUCAAUCCCACCAAGACGUUACGGCACGACGCCCGGUUUUGGGUACUGCGGGUGGCGGUACGUAUACUGUUCGCACCUUUCUUCUAUGUGGGUUUCGCGGACUUUUGGCUGGCCGACCAACUCACUAGCCUAGUGCCCGCGUUGCUGGACUUUCAGUACCUCGUGUGCUUCUAUUUGACCAACGACAAGUGGAUGUCCAAUAAAACAAUCGAUAUAGACGGUAGCAAGUGCGUGGAACGCGUUUGGCUAUUGCGGCCAUUUGUCGCGUGUCUGCCUGCGUGGUUCCGGUUCAUGCAGUGCCUGAGAAGGUACCGGGACUCACGAGAAGCAUUCCCUCACUUGGCCAACGCCGCCAAGUACGCAACUACCUUCUUCGUGAUAACGUUCUCGUUUCUAAACCUUCAAUAUGCAAAGGACAACCCUGAAGAAGACCCGAGCGUAUACUUCUACCUGUGGAUAUCAGCAUCCAUAUUCAGUUCGCUGUAUUCUUACAUAUGGGAUUUAAAAAUGGACUGGGGUCUUUUCGACCGAAAUGCCGGUGAGAACAGAUUCCUUCGUGAAGAAAUCGUGUAUUCGUCGACGGCAUUUUACUACAUCGCGAUCGUUGAAGAUUUUGUCUUACGUUUCGGUUGGGCGCUAUCGAUGUCUCUAACCGAAAUGGGCUAUGUUCAUGGUGACUUAAUGGUAUCCAUUUUGUCGCCUCUUGAAGUAAUGAGAAGAUUCGUUUGGAAUUUUUUCCGGUUGGAGAACGAACAUCUGAACAACUGCGGCCGGUUCCGAGCAGUCAGGGACAUUUCUGUGGCGCCCAUCGACAGCUCGGACCAGACUCACAUCCUGCGGCUGAUGGACGAACCGUUGACACCUCACGAUCUGAACCGGAACCGGAGGAACAAGAUGACCGGCGGUGGUGGAAUUGGCAAGAAGAUACCGAAUCUCACGUUUCAGCCCAGCCGGUCGGUAGACGAACAGGCAUCGCUCAUCUUAGCCAGCUUGGGAACACGCUGAUAUGCUGCUCGAACCGCCGACGCGGUUUAGGGGCCCCUCCCCUUUGAAAAUAAUUUAGAAACAAAAUAUAAGUCGUGUACCUACCUAUGUACCUACUAUCAACUAUGAUAUUGUAUCUCCACCGAACCCCAUGACCUACUGGGGAACAGACUUCUUGAGGCGCUGGUAUCCACUUAUAUAUAAUAGGUCAUUUAUUAAGAAGGUCAUCUGGUCCCCUUCCCCUCCCACUGGGUGACAUACUAAGUGUCAAUUUUUUGGUUUUUUUUUCCUACGCACUAUAAAGAUCAAUCUCAGUAUAUUACUCUCUUCUUUUAUAAAAAUGUUUUUUUCUUUUUUACUUCCCAUAUAUUUUAUUAUUAUAUAUUUAGUUUUAACUUUGAAGAAUUUUUUCACUGUCAUAUAUUAUGAAAUGUUAAGGUGCCAAUAAUUUGACACAUAUCAAAAAAAAUAUCUUCUAAUCGUCGUUAUAUAUGAAAUAUAAAUUAUUGUUACCUCGUAAUUUGUUUCAAAAUUACGAUAAAUUAAUUUUCAAAAGCUCGUCCUUACCCUGUACCGUUAAAUUACGAAAGAUUUCACUAUUGAAAAGAUAAUGUAAAAUAAAAUUUUGUUGAAAUAACUAAAAAACAUAAAUAACUUAAGACGAAACAAGAAAUUAUAAAUCCAAAUAACAAAAAAAAAACAAUCACUUUUAUCUUAAAUACAGACUGUUUUUCCCCCUAUUUUCUCUAUUUAAAAUUCGCAGGUAUGUUUUUUUCUAAAUUUUUAUUCUUAGCUAAAAAUUAAAAUUUUUUUCACUAUUCAUUUUGUUAUUUCAUUAAAAAAAAAACCAAAUUGAGAGUAGAAAUAUUUUUUAAAUCGAAAUACUUUCAAUAAAAUGAAUUAAAUUUAUAUUUAUUAAAAACACAGUGAGAGGUUGUAAUAUAAAUCAUGCAUUAUUAUUUAUUAAAUAUAUAUCUAUUGUGGUAUUCAAACAAUGAUAAAAAUGAUAAUGUUUCCUUAAAAAAUUGAGAAUGUUUUAGGUGAAUAUGAAUAAAAAAUAAUAAAAAUCAAAUUGUUGAAACAUGUCCUUCCAAUAGGUUUAAUGUAUAUAUUUAUUCUGUAUGUGUAGGUAUUAUAAAUAGUUAAUAAUAAAAAAUGUUGGUAUUUAAUAACAGUAGGUAUAAUUCAAAAAUUGUAUAAUACUGUUAUUGUAUGAUUUUAUCGUGCUUAUGAAAAUGUUUGAAAUAAUCUUAAACCAUAUAUUUAGUAGUAUAAAUAUGCAUUAAUAAAAGUGUUUCGACUAUAAUUUUAAACUAUGUGGAAUGUGCAUAUUAUAUGUGAAGCUAUUGUAUGUACUAAAAAUUAGUUUCGGUCAUUAAUUUUGGAUUGUACUCAUAAAACCAUAUUGAAACUUAAUAAUAAAUAAUUUUUCAGUUUAACCAGUAACUUAGUUACUUUGCUAUAACAAAUAUUUCUUUAAACUUUUUUCUAUAGUGUGGUUAAUUUUUAAAAACAUACGAUUAAAUUAAAACAUUA